AUGGGCCUCAUGAGGGCUUGGGCCUGGCCUGGGUGUCUCAUAGGCCAUGGCCUAGGGCUCAGGCCAGGGCUUCUACAUAUAGUUACUAAAUUAAACUUUGCAACAACCACAUCUGCUGGAAGUCAGCUGAACAACAUACCCGGCCCAAGAAUGACUCUCACAGUCAUGUCUGAUGAUGACGCAGUUACUGCCAUCACAGUCCAGCGGCCAGUUCAACCAAACACUGCUCCCACGACAAAUCCACACAAUGCCAAGCAAAAUGCAGACAACGCUGGCUGGAGUUCAAGUCUCUCGAAUCAGGAUGAGGAUUUGGACAAUGACGAUUCCAACAAAUCAGUAUACAAGGGUACACAUGAGGACUCCAUCGAUCAUGACAUUGACAUCACUGGCAAUGGCGAUGACGAGAACAACAACAACAGCAACAGCUUCCUGCAAGACAUCAAUGUGCAAGAUAUUGCUGUUCCCAGAAUGGUUCAACGCGAGGAGAAAACUCGGGACGUCAACACGUUCUUCGGCAAGUCCUAUGCGCAUAAGGCGAAGGAUGGUAAGACAAGGAAUGUACGAGACUGUGAAACUUGCAAGAAGAAGGGGUCACCCUCGCAAAUAGUUAGUGAUGCGUCAACAUGCCGCCAUCACCUUGCAUUUCGCCACAUGGAUGCUUACCACAAGUGGUGCAAGGCCAAUAAAUUCGCCUCAAUGCUACCUCAAGAUAUCAAGGAGUGCAAGACUGCUGCUGCUGUUGCAACCCAUACAAGCUGUGGACCACCCCAGUUUCAAGAAGAUAUAGACGUCACUUCAUGUGCUGUGCACAGUGUCCACAUACCCAAUCACAAGGCUACACAGGCCGAAAUAAUGGACUUAUUCAAGAAACAAAUGACAAACAAAGCACCCUGCUACAACCCUCAGCACGCGGACCUUUCUGUACCGCAAGAAAAUGGUUGCCAUGACGAAGUCGGUCUCAUUCGUGCCAUCGCAGUCAAGGAACAAUCUUCAGCUCAAUGCAAGCAUCUGUUCAAGGACAUUCAAGCUCGUCCUCCCAACCCAAGUCCUGUUGUAUCUCAGCUACUACUAGAUAUGCCUAUCCGAUGGUCAUCUACGUAUGUCAUGCUGGACCGCGCCGAAAAAAAGAAAGUGUUGGACUACGUGAAGGCAACCUCACAAAACCAUGCCGACAAUGCUCAACAGAGCUUCUCCUCAGAUAGAGGUCCUUCCCUUCAACAAGCAUUGCCAGCUCUCGAGGCAUUACACAAGGCUUGGUCAUCACGCUCCGCAAAUCCAAGAUACAAGGCUUUUCAUAUAGCAUUGAAUGCUGCUGUCGAGAAAAUCAAGCAGUAUUAUGAUCGAACUUCCGACAGUGAGGCAUAUAUUAUGUCUAUGUUGCUUGACCCUUCCCAGAAGGAUACCCAUUUCAAGAGAUUUUGGGGCAAGACCUUACAUGCUGAGGCCCUCGACGAGGCUGAGAGAAUAGUCAUUGACUAA